AUGGCUUUGAUUAAUAAUCGUCAAUCGCUUCUUAUCAUCGACAAACAGCUUACCCUGUACGAGACUACGGAGCCAAUUAACUAA